GUGGUCAGUUGCUCGCUGGCACUCUUUCUCGACGGUUGUGUUCGUUCGUUGAUCAUUCCAGACAAGGAAUGCCAAUACUCAUUGCUGUUUUAGUGCAGAAAAAAGCGCGCGGUCCUGCGGGAUAUAUUUUGUGUUGUUGUGCUUAUAAACAGCACACCCAGUAAGCUAUAAAGAACAAGGAUACUAAAAAGGAUAUCUGCAGAUGAUAAUUUUAUUGAAAACGCCAAUAAUUGUGCAUUGGAAACAUAAUUAACAAUAAAAGUCUUUUUUUAAACAAUAAAAAUAAAAAAUUUAAAAAUAUUGCAAAACAUUGAUAAAUUCUAAGUGAAUAAAGAUAACAUUGCCAAUAAAGGAUAUUGUGCCGUAGUAGUUGAACACCCCCAAUAAAAUGGAUUUAUCAGGGCGGUCUCGAUUACCGCCUUUGAUAGCACUCUUAAUCAUAGUUUGUGUGCAGACUUCUCAAGCCAGAUUUUUCGGAGAUAGACUUAAGCGGCAGAAUGGUGCCAACAUGUAUUUACCAGCUAGUUCGAUAGUUCCCGGUGGCGAGGGAGAUGACCCCAACGAAUGGACCGAAUGGAGUUCUCCAUCAGAAUGUUCACGUUCCUGCGGCGGUGGUGUUUCCUACCAAACAAGAGAAUGCCGGAGGACGGGGCCAGACGGAUCGCCUAUGUGUAGCGGCGGCAAUCGUCGCUACUUCUCCUGCAACACCCAAGACUGCCCCGAGGAUGAGCCCGAUUUCAGAUCUCAGCAGUGUGCGCGAUUCAAUAACGUACCUUUCGAUGGCAUCUUCUACAAUUGGGUACCCUAUAAAAGUGCUCCAAAUCCCUGCGAACUGAACUGUAUGCCAAAAGGUGAACGAUUCUAUUACCGCCACAAGGCCAAGGUUAUCGACGGUACUCGUUGCAACGACGAAGAUCUGAAUGUGUGUGUCGAUGGCCAGUGCUUGCCGGUGGGCUGCGACAUGAUGUUGGGUUCGAAUGCCAAGGAAGACAAGUGCCGCCAGUGUGGAGGAGAUGGAACUACGUGCCGCACACUCAAGGAUCGCUUUACAACCAACAAUUUGGCUACCGGCUACAAUGACAUUCUGCUGGUGCCAAGUGGAGCCACCAAUAUUCGUAUUACGGAAACUGCUCCGUCCAAUAAUUACCUGGCCUGUCGCAACCUCACCAGCCACUACUACUUGAACGGCAACUGGCGUAUCGAUUUCCCUAGGCCAAUGUUCUUCGCUGGCUCCUGGUGGACAUACCAACGCAAACCACAUGGAUUUGCCGCCCCCGACCAGUUGACUUGCCGCGGUCCCAUUACAGAAUCGAUUUAUAUUGUUGUCCUGGUUCAGGAUAAAAACGUCAGCGUCGACUACGAGUACAGCAUUCCCCAGACAGUUAUUUCGAACACACCCGCUGUUUACAACUGGACGCACAUGGAGUUCGGUCCAUGCAGUGCUUCCUGUGGUGGUGGUGUCCAACACCGCAACGUAAGUUGCAACAAUCGCUUCAAUUUAGACCGUGUUGACGACCACUUCUGCGACGAAAGGACAAAACCGGUUGAAAGUCAAGAAUGUGGAACUGAACCAUGUGCUCCCCAUUGGCAAACGGCAGAAUGGGGCAAGUGUUCCAAGGGCUGUGGUUCGGAUGGUGUGCAAAAUCGUACUGUGACUUGUGAGAGAAUAUCGCCAACUGGAGAACGCACUGUGGAGGAUGACGCCGUCUGCCUGCAAGAAGUUGGCAACAAACCAGCCACGGAGCAGGAAUGUAAUCGCGAUGUAAAGAAUUGUCCCAAAUACCAUUUGGGUCCAUGGUCACCGUGUGACAAAUUGUGCGGAGAGGGCAAGAAGACCCGUAAAGUUACCUGUUACAUCGAAGAGAACGGUCGCAAACGAGUGCUGAGCGACGAAGAUUGUGUUGAGGAGAAACCAGAGACAGAGACGACAUGCAUGUUAGCUCCUUGUGAGGGAGUUGAUUGGAUAAUUUCCCAAUGGAGCGGGUGCGAUGCAUGUGGUCAAACCACAGAAACACGUACCGCAAUUUGUGGAUCAAAAUCAGGAAAAGUGUAUCCUGACGAAUUUUGUGCUCCGGAAGUUCCCCUCCUUUCAAGACCAUGUGAAUCGAAGAAAUGCAAAACCCAGUGGUUUACCUCGGAAUGGAGUAAGUGUUCUUCUCCUUGUGGCAAAGGCGUUCAAUCCCGCGUUGUUCUCUGCGGAGAGUUUGACGGAAAUACCGUCACAAAAGUUACUGAUGAGUCGAAAUGCGAUGCUGCCAUGAAACCGGAAGCAUCCAAGGAAUGCGAAGGAGAAGAAAAGGAAUGUCCAGGCCAAUGGUUUACAGGUCCUUGGGGAGAAUGUAGCAAGCUAUGCGGUGGUGGUGAAAGACAGCGCGAGGUGAUGUGUUUGGCAAAUGGAACCAAAUCCGACAACUGUGACAAAAACAAAAUCGAAGCCUUAUCGGAGAAAUGUAACACACAAGCUUGUACAGAUGACGAAGUCUUGCCUGUUGACAGUGCGGACAAAGAAAUUUCCGAUGACGAUGAGGAAGAUUGCGAAGAUGAGGAAGAGGAAGACGUUAAAGUUGUUACAGCUAAGAUGAGUGAGGAUCUGAAGAUCUCAGACGGAAUUGAACUGGACGAAGAAACAACUGUUUCCUCAUUCAUUACCGACGAACUUAUGAUGAGUGACAGCACUCCUCCAACAGAUACCACGGAUGAAGCUGCAUCGACUGACGCUCCCUUAACGACAGUUGAGGGUUCUGGUGAUGCCACCGAAAGCACUUCUUUAUCGUCCAUGGAUACUGAGGAAGGUAGUGGAGAUAUGGAAACAACUUCCGAAUCUGGUGUCACUGAAUCACAAACUGGAUCUACAGAAGGUUCCGUUGGCACAGAAGAUACAACGGUUGAUCUAUUGGAGACAACUGGUUCAUCCAGCACUGACGAAACUACAGAUGCACCGGUUACUGAUUCGACCGACUCGUCCGCCUCAACAGAAUCCUCCACAGAUCUUACAAAGGAACCUGAGGGUGUCUCGGGAUCGACACAGGACUUUACUGAAGAAAGUACGGAAUCACCUGGCACUACAGAUGGUGUUACCGAGGCAACAGGAUCCACUGAUGUGUCAUCAUCUACUGAUGCUACCCAAACUACCGACAUUACUUCCAGUACUGAUGCUUCUGAACCGACCGGCGCAACAGGAUCUUCAACCGAUGUCUCAGGUUCAACAGAGGCAUCGACUGAAUCGUCUACCACCAUUGACGUUAGCGACACCACUGAUGCUACAGAUUCAACCGCUGCUUCGGUCUCAACUGAUGCUUCAGACUCAACUGAUGCUACAUCGUCGACAGAUGUUUCGGACACUACUGACGCACCUGCCUCAACUGACGCUUCAAGCUCAACCGAAAAUUCCGCCGCUACUGAAGAUUCCACUACGAGCGAUACUUCGACUGAGACAUCCGCAUCCACUUUAAGCGAUGUCACCGAAACUACUUCCAGUGACAUCACCGAUCCGACGGAUACUACACCAAGCGAUACCACACCCCCAACCGACACUACACCAAGCGAUACGACACCUUCAACCGACACAACAGCAAGUGAUGCCACAUCCUCAACCGAUGCCUCAUCCUCAACCGACGCCACAAGCGAUACCACUCCUUCAAGUGACGCCACGACCGAAGAAUCUGGUUCCACCGGUGUGUCAGAAACAACUACCGCCGCCUCUUCAGAUGCUACAGACGUGUCGGGUACCACAGACGUUUCUGCCUCCACAGAUGUUUCAGGCUCAACCGACCCAUCUACAUCGACUGAAGGUUCCGACUCAACGACGGAUGUUUCUGAGUCCACUGACUCUUCAGGUUCUACCGAAGCUUCAACAGCAACAGAAACAACGGAUAGCUCAGACACUACCGACGUGUCCGGUAGCACAGAAAGCUUUGUUUCUACAGACGCUUCGGCAUCAACAACAGAUUCCAGCGAUUCAACUGACGAAUCAAGCUCCACAGAUGAAUCAACAGAAUCUUCUGGUUCUACUGUCACUGAGGCAGAAGCAACAUUGUCUACUGAUGAAACCUCAGAGUCAUCUCCUGCCGCGUCCACAGCCUCUACAGACGUCGGAUCCACAGACUUUAGUUCGACCAUUGCUACCGACAUCACGGACACCACCACAGACUCUGGAAUAUCUACCAGUACCGAAGCUGCCGAAGACACCACAACUGAUGCCAGUGGACAAACGACCUCAUCGGAUACAACUGGGCUUUCCGAUGUUACAACAGAGACAGGCUCAGAAGCCACCACAUCCGGAUCGGACACAACUAGCGCCGAAUCAAGUGAAACUACAACAUCAUCCCAAGACUUAUCGACCUCAUCAGACGUUUUCGAUUCCACGACCGAAAGCUCUGGUGACACUUCACUCUCAACUGACGAGGCUACUACGGUUGACAUUUGGACUUCCGAAGAUGAUGAGUUCGAGAAGAGUACUCCCAAUACUCUCCAGGCAGUCAUUACCAAGGAAACUAGGCCCAGAAAAUGUAAGCGCAAGAAGCCUAAAGAUUGCAGUAAGACAAAAUAUGGUUGCUGUCCAGAUGGCAAGAGUCUUGCUAAAGGUCCAUUCGACGAAGGUUGUCCCAUUCCCAAGACUUGUAAAGACACCGAAUUUGGUUGUUGUCCCGAUGGUGUUUCUCCAGCCGCGGGCAGCAACAACGAAGGAUGUCCCAAGUCACAAUGUGCCGAAACAUUGUUCGGAUGUUGUCCAGACAAGUUCACACCAGCUGAGGGCGAGGACGAUGAAGGCUGUCCUGAACCAACUACCGAACCUCCAACAACGACUACCGAAAUGCCUGAAGAAGAAACGACAAUGUCGACUGAACCAGCACUCGAGAACUAUGUGUCAACUGAAGAACCUGAAUCUAGCGAGUCUACCGAAGUUCCCGAAACAACUGAGGCUCCAGCUACACCCGAAAUCAUUCAGUCAUGUUCCUUUGCAGAGUUUGGAUGCUGUCCUGAUGGUACUACUGAGGCUACUGGUCCUGACUUUGCAGGUUGCGAUGCUCCUACUCUUACCAGUUCUACGGACUGUAGAUCCUCGGAAUUCGGUUGCUGUCCAGAUGGUCGCACUGCUGCCUCAGGCCCCAACUAUCAGGGAUGCCCAGCUUGCACUCACGAACCUUUCGGUUGUUGUCCAGACAAUGAAACUCCGGCUCACGGUUCAAUGGGUGAAGGUUGUUGUUUGAACUCGGUCUACGGAUGUUGUCCCGAUAACAUCAACAGCGCCCGUGGCCCCAACUUCGAAGGCUGCGAGUGCCAGUACGCUCCAUACGGAUGUUGUCCAGACAACAAAACGGCUGCCCUUGGACCAAAUAACAAGGGCUGCGACUGCGAAAGUUCUCAGUUCGGAUGUUGCCCAGAUAAACUUACUGCGGCCCAAGGAAGCAACUUUGAAGGAUGUGCCUGUCACACGUUCCAAUUUGGCUGCUGUCCCGACGGCAUUACAGUUGCACAAGGACCCCAGCAGCAAGGCUGUCACUGCUUACAGACACCGUUCAAAUGCUGUCCAGAUGAAAAGACACCGGCCAAGGGCUGGAACUUCGAAGGAUGCACAUGCCUGGAGAGCAAGUAUGGCUGCUGUCCCGAUGGUGUCACCUCUGCCCAAGGAAGCAAAUUUGAAGGUUGUGAAAAUGUCAAGGAACCACCCCAGAAGGCGUGUGGACUGCCCAAGGAGACCGGUCCCUGCGGUGACUUCAGCAUCAAAUACUUCUUCGACACAUCCUACGGCGCAUGCGCCAAGUUCUGGUACGGAGGCUGUGAAGGUAAUGGAAAUCGCUUUGAAAGUGAAUCUGAGUGCAAGGAAACUUGCCAGGAAUACACCGGCAAGGAGGCCUGUUAUCUGCCCAAGAGUUCUGGUCCUUGCACCGGCGACCUUACUAAGUGGUACUUUGAUGCCGAGCGCGGCCGUUGCGAGCAGUUCAAAUACGGUGGCUGCUUCGGUACCAACAACCGUUUCGAUACGAAGGAAGAAUGCCAAUCGUUCUGUGCAGUUAGUGAGACUACACCUCCCUGCGAUCAGCCGAUGGACGAAGGACCAUGUGAGGGCAACUUUGAACGCUGGUACUAUGACAAUCAGACCGAUGUAUGCCGUCCAUUCCGAUAUGGCGGCUGCAAGGGCAACAAGAACAACUAUCCCACGGAAUAUGCCUGCAACUACCACUGUCGCCAGCCCGGAGUCCACAAAGAUUAUUGCUCGCUACCCAAGCAAACCGGUGACUGCAGCGAGAAACAUCCACGUUGGCAUUACAGCGAGACCGAGAAGAAGUGUCUGCCCUUCUACUACACGGGCUGCGGCGGAAACAAGAACAAUUUCCCCUCAUUGGAGUCGUGCGAGGUCCAUUGUCCCAAGGAAGUCGCCAAGGAUAUAUGCGAAAUACCAGCUGAGACAGGCGGUUGCGACAACUACCAACCCAUGUGGUACUACGACACGAAACACCAACGCUGCCGGGAAUUCUACUAUGGAGGAUGCGGUGGCAACGAGAAUAAGUUCGCUUCGGAAGAGAGCUGUAUGCGCCGUUGUGAAAAGAAACCCGAACCAAAGCCUCAGCCUCAGCCAGAGCCCGAACAGCCAGCAGUCAGUACAAAUGUCUGUGAUGAACCACCGGCUCAGGGACCAUGCGGAAACUUUACCCUCAAUUGGCACUACGAUAGAGAGCGCGGCCAAUGCAGACAAUUCUACUAUGGUGGCUGUGAAGGAAACGGUAAUCGAUUCGAAACCGAAGAAGACUGUGCACGAAAAUGUAUUAGCCAGGCUGAACCUGAACCCCAGCCUCAGCCUCAGCCCGAGUCGCGUCCUGUUGAGAAAGCAGAACCAGAAACUGUGGAAGAUAAUAUCUGUCUGCUGGGCCAGGAUAUGGGUGAUUGUGACGACUAUAGCGUCAUGUGGUACUUCGAUUCGCAGGAGUCGCGCUGUAACGUUUUCUACUAUGGCGGUUGUGGCGGCAAUGGUAACCGCUUCGCCACCAAAGAGGAAUGUGACCGACGUUGUUUGGCCGAAUCUGAACCUGAGGAUCUGGGCAAUCGAUUUGGUGCACCUGAACCUGAACCAGAACCCGAAGUAGAGAGUAGUCCUGAGGUGGAGAGUAGCAACAAGUGCUUCCUUCCCGUUGCCCACGGAAACUGCUUGGAGAACGAGGUGCGCUGGUAUUAUAACAGCGAAGAUGGUGUGUGCGAUCGCUUUGUCUACACCGGCUGUGGUGGCAAUGCCAACAACUAUGCCACCGAAUCCGAGUGUGAAGACGAAUGCUUCGCAGUUCACAACACCUGUCAGCUGCCGGCUCUUUCGGGCAACUGCAACGAAACAAUGAUCAGAUGGCACUUCAGUGAGGCCGAAGGCAGAUGUCUCGAGUUUGAGUUCAGCGGAUGUCGCGGUAAUCGCAACAAUUUCGUCACCGAACGGGAAUGUGUGUCGAUGUGCGGCGGUGAGGAGUCACAGCCCCAACCCGAACCCCAGCCUGCAUACUCGGUGUGCGAUCUUCCCAUGGAAGCUGGAGAAUGCGACAACAGCACCACAGCCUGGCACUACGACAGAGAAAGCUCGUCCUGUGUGGCCUUCACCUAUACCGGAUGUGGCGGCAACGGCAAUCGAUUCCUGUCGCGAGAACAAUGCGAACGCCAGUGCGGCGAAUUCAAGGGAGUUGAUGUCUGCAACGAGGAGGUCUCGUCCGGACCCUGUCGCCAGUGGCAGACGCGCUUCUACUUCAACAAAGAGUCGCGUACAUGUGAAGCUUUUACCUACGGCGGCUGCCAAGGUACCGCAAAUCGUUUCGAGAGUCGCGCCGAAUGUGAGGCCCGAUGCAUUAUCGGCCAGGAACCGACGUACACUGACACCAAAGAUAUCUGCAAGCAACAAGUGGACGUGGGACGCUGCAAUGGUGAGGCACUCACCGAACGGCGCUGGUAUUACGACGAUGCUCGCGGCAAUUGCGUGUCGUUCAUUUAUUCGGGUUGCGCUGGCAACCAGAAUAACUUCCGAUCCUAUGAAUCUUGUUAUAACUACUGCGCAAAAGCCGAACCAGCGGUUAAUGAGGUGUUGCCUGUCAAUCGAUGCGAGCAGUACGAAAACGAAUGCGCCGCCCUUUCCUGUCCGUAUGGAAAGCACCGGGUUGCCGUCGACGAGGAAUGUUCCCGAUGCGAAUGUGACAAUCCAUGUGCUGACUACGAGUGUCCCGAUGGUCAGCAGUGUGCGGUGGAGGUGUCCAACGAAAGAUCUGGAGAAUUCAAGCCCGAAUGCCGUCUCAUCAACAAACCUGGCAUCUGUCCUCGUUUGACCGCCAGCGAUGGAGUGUGCGGUCGCGAAUGCAACACCGACGCCGACUGCCGUGAAAACAACAAAUGCUGCAGCAACGGAUGUGGAUUUGUGUGUGUGCACCCAGCCGUACCCACCAGACCGACAACAGCACCCACAACUCCAGCUCCGGUUGUGGUGUACCCAGAAGACGUGAAGGCAUCUCUUGUUCCCAAGGAAAAGGCCGAAACCGAUGUUAAUACUCCAUUGGGUGGUAUUGCUGUGCUCAGAUGCUUUGCUACGGGCAAUCCAGCGCCAAAUGUCACCUGGUCCCGCAACAAUGUUGUGGUCGACACCAACCAAGGACGUUAUGUUUUGACAUCCAGUGGCGAUUUGACAAUUGUGCAAGUGCGUCAAACCGACAGUGGCUCCUAUGUGUGCUUGGCCAGCAAUGGCUUAGGCGAGCCGGUGAGGCGUGAAAUUGAAUUGCAAGUGACAGAUCCCGUUCCAAUGCCUGCUUAUGUGUAUGGCGACAAGAAUGUCACACAGAUCGUUACACUGAACAGACCCGCGGUGGUGCGCUGUCCGGCUGGUGGUCAUCCCGAACCGAUGGUCCAUUGGUGGCGCAAUCGCAGUCGCCUGCCGUUGUUGAGUUCUCGCUUCGAAUUGGCCCGCGACUAUUCGUUGACGUUCCGUUCCGUGCAAUUAACCGAUUUGGGUCCAUACACCUGUGAGGCAUGGAACCGUCUCAGUGUUCGGCCAUCGUCGAUAAAGGUAACGCUGGUCGCCGUUGGUCCGGUGCGAGCUGCAAACAACGACGAGUCGGAAUAUUUGAAAUAUAUCAUUGAACCACCAAAGGCGCCGGUAAGUCAAGUGCCCACGUACCCAUACAGGCCGACUAGACCACCAGCAGUGCCACCACCAUACGUUGUUGUUGUGCCCGUCAAUGCCGUCAUUGGCAAGGAUCCUUCGAAUACCUACCAGCCCGGUUCCACUGUUGCCUUCAGCUGUUCCGUUCAAGGAUAUCCAACUCCAAAUGUGACCUGGACGAAGGAUGGCCUGCCAUUGGUGCCCAGCGAACGGGUCCAAAUAUCAGUUCGUGAACCUUAUCGCGUGAUUAUCAACAAUGUCAGUACCACUGAUUCCGGCAAAUAUGGUUGCAAGGCUGCCAAUGCUGUCAGCUAUAGUUUCAGCGAGGAGAAUAUAAACAUCGAAUCUACCAUCCCAUUGAAUCCCGAGUGCAUCGACAAUGGCCACUUCGCCAAUUGCAAUCUGAUCGUAAGGGGACGUUACUGCAAGAACAAAUAUUAUGCCAAAUUCUGUUGUAGGUCGUGUGCCCUGGCUGGUCAGCUCUGAGGUCUUUCCGCUGGAAGUCCAUUGACCCACUUACGACU